CCUGGCCUGAACGGGAUCCGGACUCUGGAAGUUGGACUACGUCAACGGGCUCGCGGAAACCGUCCCUUAGAGGAGAAGAGCAGAGGCGGCGCACUGCGCUCACACCCGAAACAUCCCCAAAAGUGGACGGCUGCUAAAAUAAAUCGUAUGUGCGUCUUUGCGCAUUUUCCCUGCAGAUGGUUAUGCUGUAUCCGCGCGUAAAGACGCAGCGAGGACGCAUUUAAGCAGUAAGUUUGACACUGAUGAGCAUCACCAGAAGAAGAUGUUGGCGAGAAAAAGCAUCAUCCCAGAGGAGUUCGGUCUGCCAGGUCUCGUCUCGCGAAUACCCCGCAAGCCAGUGUUCAGGGACCGCGUGAACAAGGCGCGCUUCAUUGCCAAGAACGGUUCCUGCAACUUGGCACACAAGAACAUUCGCGAGCAGGGCAGAUUCCUGCAGGACGUCUUCACCACGCUGGUGGAUCUUAAAUGGCGCUUCACGCUGGUCAUCUUCACCACGACAUUUGUGAGCAGCUGGCUGCUGUUCGCCAUGAGCUGGUGGCUGGUGGCCUUUGCGCACGGAGAUCUGGACCCUGAGCAGCCAAACGGAACCGAAUGCGUCACUGAUGUCAAGUCUUUCACUUCAGCCUUCUUGUUCUCCAUUGAGGUUCAGGUGACGAUAGGCUUCGGGGGACGCAUGAUAACAGAGCAGUGUCUGACUGCCAUCACCGUCCUCAUCCUGCAGAACAUAGUCGGACUCAUCAUUAAUGCUGUCAUGCUGGGUUGCAUCUUUAUUAAAACAGCACAGUCAAAACGUCGUGCAGAGACUCUAAUUUUCAGCCGUCAUGCUGUGAUCGCUGUGAGGAACAACCGCCUCUGCUUCAUGAUUCGCAUCGGGGAUCUGAGGAAGAGUAUGAUCAUAGGAGCGACUGUCCGGUUACAGGUGGUGAGGAAGACGACCACACCAGAGGGGGAGGUAAUCCCCAUCCAUCAGAUCGAUGUCCAAACAGAGAGCGCUGUGGCUAGCAACAACCUGUUCCUCCUCGCACCGCUUAUCGUCUGCCACGUCAUUGACAAAAACAGCCCACUGUACGACCUGUCAGCCAUGGAGCUGCAGUGCAGCGACUUGGAGGUGAUUGUCAUCUUGGAGGGAGUUGUGGAGACGACAGGGAUCACGACGCAGGCCCGAACCUCCUACGUGUCUGAGGAGAUUCAGUGGGGUCACCGAUUUGUUCCCAUAGUAACAGAGGAGGAAGGCGUAUACUCUGUGGACUACUCCAAAUUUGGGAACACAGUAAAAGUGGCAACGCCGUGCUGCAGCGCCAGAGAACUGGACGAGAAGCCCUCCAUCUUGAUCCAAACCCUUCAGAAGAGCGAGCUGUCGCACCAGAACUCGCUGAGGAAGCGUAACUCCAUGCGACGCAACAACUCCAUGCGGAAAGGUGCUGGGAGCAGCGGGAAUCUGCGCAGGACCAACUCUGGCCUCAUUUCACCCAAAGUCCAGUUCUUCACCCCGACCGAGGGAGGCCAGAACCUGAACGCCGUCACUUGACAUGAGGCCUGCCUUCUGUUGGCUACCCUGCUCCUCCUCCUGGGUAGGAGAACUGUGGGCCUCUUCGGUUCCCUUAUGGGACUUCUCUUUUUCUUCCCCACCUUGUCUCAAAUUGUGUUUCGACAUGUUUACUGUUGAUGUUACGUUUCUGUACGUUAGCAGUUCACUGAACAUUUCUCUGCACUGACACAAACUCACCAAGUAGAUUAUUAGAUAGAUAAUAGUCAACUCACAUACUGGCAAACACAUGGAAGAGAUAUAUUUUUAAGGCAAAGUCGUGUUAAAUGAAACAGCACUUUAUAUCCUGAAACCCUCAAUUUGCACAUGACUGCAUUAGUUUUAGCCUCCGUACCCUGCUGUUUGUUUACCAGAUUAUUAUGUUUCAUUUCCAUAACUUAUCUAUGUGGCUGCUUCAUUAAACAUUUGGCAUUUUUGUU